UAUUAUAUUCGCUCGAUCAUUCAAUAGUGACUAUGCUUCAUAAAACUUCCUCAUUGCAGGGAAAAUUCGAGGGGGGAAAUCAUUUUCUUCUCAUUUUCAUCAGAAUGACGUAGCGAGUAACAACCUCAUUGCAAAGAGCGCUCGAAACUAGAAUUAUACUUCGUUACUCCAGCUUUUUUGUUUCAGCGGCAACUUCCUAUAGAAAGGUGGCAUUUGUUUAUGACUUUCGUGUCCACGUGCAUUCUUAUUGUGAAUUUGUGUGGAAAUUCAGUUAGUAUUAUUACUGUCUUGGAUAGAGAAGGAGUUGUUCUUCUAAGACCCAUCUCGGUCGCUGAACUAAAAGUGCACAACGUGUGACAAUGGCCGAAGAAACCCAAGAUAAAAUCCAUGAGGGAUAUCUUAUCACAGGAGAGCAAAAGGAUGUUUCAGGGGGGUGCACGGUUAAUUUCCAGAAAAAGAACAAAGUCUACUUCGUUCUUUGGAAGCGUGGGGAGCAUCUGUACAAUCUGGAGGGGUUUUCGAGCGAAACCUCGUUCAGAGGAAAGAGAAAAAGCUCUCUCAAUAUUUUGGGCGGCAGGAAGAAAUCUAUUAGUUCUGGUAGCAUCCCAUCGCACAUUCUGACGUCAGCGGUCAAAGUUCAUUGCAUGGACAUGACGAUUGGUAAAAAGACGAGUCACGUGAUUGUUCUCGUACACGCUAAGAUGCCAUAUUACUUCAAACCACUGAAAGACGGAGACCUCAAGCCUUGGUUUAAAGCCUUUUCUCGCGUUGCUAGUGAUAUGGAAAACAGGAGGCUAUCCGGUGACACAGUUAUCCUUCGUCCAAAGAAAGCUGACAAAGAAAGGACGGGGAACGACAGCGGCCGUUUUUCGUCAUCAUCAUCCUCCACGCGCUCGUCUCAGGGUUCUUCUGACGGUCGCCUAAGCGACCUCAUCAAUAGCUGUCCCCCCUCGCCAUCGUUCAUUCCAACUAUCAUCACUGUAGAGACCACGGAACCGGAGGAUUGUGGGCAAAAGGGUGAUGACGACCACCUUGCACCGUUGCCAUCGGGUCAACGAGCUCGACGAGAGCUUUCCCAGUCUGUAAUCUAUAAAAGAAGAGUCAGAAAAGAUUCGCAUGAUGAAAAAACGGGAGGUUUCGUUGAAGCUGAUCCAAAGGUAUAUGAUUCAUUUAUUCGAAAGAGUGUCGUGAUCGUUGACGAUAACGAAGGAGAUAUACGUCCACCAAUACCCCAAAAGAAAGGUCGUCGAGGAUCUGUACCAAGUCUACCAGUGACUGAUCUCACGCAGCUCUACUUGGCGAAGCGUCACUCCCCCGAGUUGGCGCGGGGUAGUACCUUUGACGCGUCCGAGUCGCCCCCUCCUCUUCCGGCCAGGCCCAAUAACCUCUCUCCACCCUAUUACGUCAACACUCAAAGAAGGGCGUCUGUUCCAUUCACAAUGAGCCCUAUAAACUCUCAAUAUGAACAGUGUGAGAAGGUCAAAGAAGACAUCAGUCGCUUGAUGUGGGAACAGUCGAAGGAUAUGGAUGGCAUCGUGAUCAUAUUCUCCAAGGCAGAGUUACUGGACUCUUUAGUCUUAUGUACCAUCGAGGAUGCAGUUUGGAUAGCCGGCUGGAAGAAGGAUCUGAACAACCAGUUGUAUGGUAAGCUACAUGUCGGGGAUAAAGUGCGCCAGAUCAAUGCUCAGGUGGUGUACACGGCGGAAUCGGCCAUGCAAUUCAUCAGUACAUCGGCUGGGGAUGAGGUAAGUGUGACGCUAUAUCGGUUACCUCAUGCAAACGUACUGAAUCUGAACAGAUCGGAUCCUAUGAUUCAAUGGGGAAUACAGCUGAAGUCUCACAAUGAGAUAAAAUCACUGACUGAUGGCCCUGCGGUUACAGAAGGCCUGACUCCGAAAGCUAAAGGUGCCUUAUCGAACAAGCCUUGUGACUGGGUCAUCACAGAGAUUAGUCACCAACGCGUUCCGCUUGUCAAGAGCGCAAAGAAUCAGGACUUUGUGAAAGCGGAGCUCGAGGCAAAUCACAAAGAAAUCCCGAUGGUCGUCCAGCCUCACGAUUUGGUCAAGAAACUUAUCGAAGCCAUCGAGAAGAAGAGAAGCUCCCAGUUCACCUGAAAUUUUCAUCCACGUCCGCUGGUCUUUGAUGUAAUCGUCUUGGUCGAGGGCUCGGGAAUCCUCGGCGUUCAUCAUUCCGCUUUUAUUGCUUUUGGCAUCCAUCUGCAUUUCUGAUGCCGAGCUACUUUUUGCAGUUUACGCGUGAAAUCGCCAUUUUGAAGGAGAACAUCUCCGCAUUUGCUUAUUGUAUUUGCGUACGUAUGGCACCGAUUCAAAGACAGGCUUACGUACGCAUGCCUGGUGUUGCUACAUCCGUAAUCAACUGCAUUUUAAGCAUGUGGUCUGAGGGACUUUGUUUAAGACAGUCAUGACUUUGGGUACAUGUUGACGACCAUUGUUUAUUUCUUGUCAUACACACAAAGGUGUGUUAAUGGAUUGCAUUGCUAACGCACAGAUAUGAAUUUAAAUUUAUAUAUCACAGUAUAUGUAUGGAAACCUAAGUGUGAUAAUACUAACAAGCAAGCUGAAACUGAAUGCAAAUAUUUCAGUCAUUCUAAAUAUAUAGUUUUUUCAAGCACUUGGCUUAUCCAAACAAAAAUAUGGGAACCUAAGUGAAAUAUUACGAACGAGCAAACUGAAACCGAAUGCAAAUAAUUUAUUCAUUCAUAAUAUGCAAUAUUUUCAGGCAUUUGGGCUUAUCCAAACAUAAAUUUUCUCAAUUGAAUAUUAAUUAUAUAUAAAUAAAACUUUAUUAUAUAGCAAUGCUAACAAAAAGUUGUAUAUGAGUAUGUUACUGUAGCUAUAAAUAAAGUCAAAUUAGAGGAAUAAAUAAUAUCAGGUAUCGCGACUGGUGAUGGCAUUGUAAAGAUUUCGUCUACAUGCGCAAAACAAUAUUAUAAGAUUAAACUAUUGUAAACUAUUUAUAACAGGGUUAUUGAACACCUUCAAUGGGAAUCAUGUUUAAGAAUUGAAAAUGACAGAGACAUAAAUAUUUGCUUUGUAAUUUUUUUUUCAGCAUCAACCACAUGGGACAGUGCAUUUCUGAAAUAUUCUUUUUCUCUCCUCAUUUAUUAAAUAUUUGUUUUAAAUUAAAUCAAUAACGAUUAUUUGUAUGGCAUUGGUAUAUCUAUUUUUAGCAUACUAUUUUAUUUUCAUGUUUUUAGGCUUCAGCCUUUAGAAAUAGAGCAACCGUGCCAUAGAAUUGCCUUAAGUAAUUUAUGUAAAUUAGUAAAUUAUGGUUAUUGUUAGCAUUAUAUAUUCAUGCCAAAUUAAUUAUUUAAGCCAGUAUCCCAGUAGUCUGAUAUUUAUGUACAAGUGUGUAUAUUUCGCUGCCAAUAUGAAACAUAUUGAUCCGUAUUAUAUUGCUAAUUCUCAUUUAUAAUAAAAAUAUGCUAUAAUAAUAAUGUAUAAAAUGCUCUUAAUAUCAUUGCAUUUGUCAAAUAUUGAGAUUUAGAAGGAUGCGGCCUUUUCAUGGGUCAACUUUAUUUGCUCGAGUUUGUCUGAAUGGAAUAACUGGCAGAAAGAUGCAAGGUAUAGUGGAGGCAAAAAGAAAAGCCUUUGCUGUUCACGGCUCCUCAUGCAAGAAAUAUUUUUUACGAUACAAUAAUUCUAUACAUGUAAACCACAAUAAACCGAAUAAAAUGAAAUCUCCUAUUGUCGAGGU